GAAAGGGUGGGGAGGGAAAGUAAACUUCAAAUAUAUAUGCGUGUAUAUUAAGCCUCAAGAUUGUGCGUGAGAUAUGCAACCAUGACUUUUGUGCCGUCUUGGAUUUUUGUUGCAAUCUCCUACCUCACUUGUCCUACAGGGUUUAUUAAAGCUGAGCUCCAGGCGGGGAAGGACCGGUGGAACAGCAGGUCCGUUUUACAAGAGGCCACCAAACCUCAGCGAUUAAUCCACAGUGUUCACUCGGGAAAGGAAAUUAAACACAGCCGAUUGAACACCAGGGUCCGGAACAACAGCACAGCCUCUCAUUUUAUUCACCUUGCGCAAGUGAGCUUCCUGAUAGAAGUAUUCGGCUCAUCCUUCAUUUUGGACCUGGAUUUGAACCAUGAUUUGCUAUCAGCGCAUUACAUUGAAAGGCAUUUCAGGGAUGAAGGAAAGACUACACAGACUUUGGGCAGUGAACAUUGUUACUACCAUGGAAAAAUCAGAGGAAACCCCAACUCUUUUGUGGCUAUGUCAACAUGUCAUGGACUGAAUGGUGUGUUUAAUGAUGGAAACUUCACUUACAUUAUUGAAGUAAUGGGCAGCAAAACUGAUCAGCAUGAUCAACAAUCCCAUAUUGUAUACAGAUCUCCUCAUCUUCAGAUCCCUAUGGGAUGUGCAUCAUCCGGGUGCUUUACUGAUGACAAGAUGCAACAGAACUCUCCUCCAGAAGUCCUAAGGGCACGAACUAAACGACAGGUACAUCGAGGCCCUCACACUGUUCUGAGAGAAACCAAGUACAUUGAGCUGAUGGUUGUCAAUGACUACACCCUGUUCACAAAGCGACACUAUUCUGCUACACUUACAAGCAAUUUUGCCAAAUCGGUUGUGAAUCUUGCCGAUGCUAUUUACAAAGAACAAUUGAAUACACGGGUUGUGCUGGUUGCUAUGGAAACUUGGGCAUCUGGAGACAAAAUAAGUAUCAAUGAAAAUCCACUGGUGACGCUCAGAGAUUUCAUGAAGUACCGAAGAAACUCUGUCAGAGAAAACAGUGACGCCUUUCACAUGCUUUCAGGCUGGACAUUUGAGUGUAGUCACAGUGCAACAGCCUACAUUGGAGGAAUGUGCUCUUUAUCAAAAGCAGGAGGGAUUAAUGAGUAUGGAAAUUUGGGUACAAUGGCUGUCGCACUUGCUCAGAGUUUGGGCCAAAACCUUGGAAUGAUGUGGAAUAAACAUCAUGCAGGAGCACGUGAGUGUUGGUGUCCCGAUGCCUGGUCUGGUUGUAUAAUGGAUGAUAUGGGAUACUAUUUCCCACAAAAAUUUUCAAGAUGCAGCACGAAUGAAUACAGACAGUUUCUGCAGGCUGGAGGUGGCACCUGCCUUUUCAAUAAACCUCACAAGCUAAUUGAUCCUCAAGAAUGUGGAAAUGAGUUCGUGGAAACAGGAGAAGAAUGUGACUGUGGCUCUGAAAGUGAAUGUGACAAAGUCGGUGGUAAAUGCUGCAAGAAGUGUACCCUUACACACAAUGCAAUGUGCAGUAAUGGACUCUGUUGCCGAAACUGUCAGUAUGAACCAAGAGGCGUGAUUUGCAGGCAGGCAGUGAAUGACUGUGACAUUGCAGAGACAUGCCCAGGAGACUCCAGCCAGUGCCCUGGGAAUGUGCACAAACUGGAUGGCUACUAUUGUGACAAUGAACAGGGGCGUUGUUAUGGUGGAAGAUGCCAAACUAGAGACAAACAGUGCAAUUACAUCUGGGGUCGCGAUUCAGCAGAUCGAUUCUGUUAUGAAAAGCUGAAUGUUGAAGGAACUGAGAAGGGAAACUGCGGCAAAGAUGGCCAAAGCUGGCUUCAAUGCAAUAAGCAGGAUGUUCUUUGUGGUUACCUGUUUUGUUCCAAUAUCACUCAGCCGCCAAGACGUGGGGACCUCAAUGGAGACAUUACUAGCAUGGUAUUAUACCAUCAGAACAAAUACAUAGAUUGCAGGGGAGGCCAUGUUGUACUGGAUGACGGGACCAGUCUUGGUUAUGUAGAAGAUGGCACUGCCUGUGGACCCAACAUGAUGUGCCUCGAUCGCAAAUGCCUGCCAAUACAAGCCUUCAACCUGAGCACCUGUCCACAGAGCUCUAAUGGAGAAGUUUGCUAUAACCAUGGGGUAUGCAGUAAUGAGGCAAAAUGUAUAUGUGUCCGUGACUGGACAGGGAAAGACUGCAGCGUCUUUGACCCAUACUUGGAACCAACUCCAGCAGGGAGUACUGAUGGACAGUACAAGGGUCCUAGUGGCACCAAUAUUAUUAUAGGGUCCAUCGCAGGCGCCAUCCUGGUGGCAGCCAUUGUCCUAGGGGGGACUGGAUGGGGAUUUAAGAACAUUCGGAGAGGAAGAUCUGGAGGAGCAUAAAAUGCCUUUCGUCCAUAUAUGAUCCACUCUUUGCUCCAGUAAAACCAACGUCUUCCGAUGCUCAAGGAGCCAGACCUUUUCUGUGUUGUGAUUGCUAUGGAAUACGCCUGUAGGUAAACUUAAGGGCCUGGAAAAAGGGAAAGUUGAACUGGUGCUUCAAAGAAAAUCUGAGGAAAACACUUCUGAAACAUACGAAAUCCAUGCUGUCUUUACUUUGUUUAGAGCUUUGGUGCAUGCCUCAGCCCAUGAGACCAAAAAUAGUAGUGUCAGGCUUUGGGUGAGGUAGGUGGGCCUCAUAAAUGUCCAAUCCUAUUGUAAAGUACGCCAGUUUUGGGUUUAAUAAAAAAAAACAGAGAAUCCAUGUUACCCUGUCGAUUAACGUGAAUAAUCAUUAUAUUGUGACAGAGCAAGAGUAAAGAUUAACCCGAGCGUCACUAUUUUACACUGUCCUGAUGUUGAAGCUGUAAUGAUCUAGCCUGCAAAACUCCCCUUUUCUCUUUGUAUUUCACACUUGCUGGUAGCUCUGUUUGAAUUUUGUUAGAUGAGAGAGCUUUUCUUAGCUGGAAUAAAUCCUCAUCUCAUCUAUGAUGUCAGCACCUCGAAAAAUAUACAAAUUAGUGAAAAGAUGGAUUUAAACUUGCAAGUAGCUCAGUUGCUUCAUGUUUUGCUUUGAAGUAACUCAUGGGGACAAAACAUUUUUGCCAUUUUUCUACGCCUCAGUGAUAGAAGAAAUAUGAGCUAUUGGAAAACGCUGGAUUUUGGCAUGAAGUUAUGUAGUGAAUUGCCUGUUUGUUCUUUCACUUGGGGAAAACUUAUAAAGCAGAGAGAAAAACAUAUAAAUGGUGACUUAUUACGGUGAGCCUUAGCAGUCCAAUACUAAUCCAGCAAUAAAUCCUACGCUAAAUUCCCAAACCUCGGUACGUUGGGUAGGAAUACACCAAAAGAACUUGUAGCAUUUUCCAGCACAGUUGAAGAAUCGGGGAGCAGUGUCAUAUCUGAAUGAUCUGUACUGAGCAAUGUUAGACCAAGAUGAAAUUUUUCUUUGAAAGAAAAUCAUGAAAACAGGGAAACUUACAUAUGAAUUACUGUUUGUGAAAUACAACUAGUUCUUAGAGUUUAGCCUAAACUAAGAAAAUUGUAUGUUUGUAACAAGUUUUGUUGAUUUCACAAAACAAGAGUUUUGAAAUUUAUAUUAUUAAAGUUACUUUUAAUUGAAGUAAGCUACAAAACUGACAAAAUAUGGGACACAAAUAAAUUGAGAACUUCAUUUUUAAACAGGAGGUAUGGGAUAUUUGAUAAAUGAUGAAGGUGAGGGAAUGAAGCUACCUCGUUUCUUAUAACCUUCAAUACUAUCAAACUUUGUUAUUGUAAGCUCAAGGCAACUAUCAGGAAUAUCUUUAUUAUGUUUGAAAAUCUCCAAGCUUGAGCUGGGACCAACAACUUUCAUAAAAGAACCUUAUUAACUCUCCCAAUAAAUAGCCUAUUCUAAAAUGUCUUCUCCCGUUUUCUAGACUAGCACUGCCAAUAUGACUGUCCAUGUCAUGGUGUUACUUUAGUGGAUGUUUUUCCCUCUGUAGUGUUCCAUUGGAGAAUUUUCACGUGAGAUGUGCAAUGAUUGCAGCUGAUGAUUACAUUAAUUAAAAAGGGUUUUCCUGGGCUUUGCAAGCCCAAAUUACCUCUUAAACAUUGCAUACAUAGACCAAGUGAGCACUAAAUUUACUGCAGCACUUUGACAUAAUUUUGGUUUAUACAUAUAAAAGUCCUGCACUUUAUGCAGAUUUAUAAUUAUCUGCAACUCUUGCUACUGAGCCUGAACUCUCAACACAGUUCAUGGCCAUCCAAGACAUCAUUCCCAUUCAGGAGAAUGGAGCGAGGGAGAAGGAGCUUUUGAAUACAAUUAGAAUGAAUUUUUAAUUUUUUUUUCUAAACAUGAAGCCUAUGAUUAUUUUUUCUUCAGAAAGAUGGCCUGGAGUGAGGGAAGCUUUCACCCCAAAACCAAAGACAUACCCCAUACUUGACAAACCUGCACCUGUCAUCACAUCAGUCAUCGCACUUGUUUGAUGAGAUUCCCUCUGUCUCAAAUCUGAUAAACCUCUUAUCAAGCAGAGAAAAUGACAGCUUGUAAAUGGAGAGAAAGUAUGUUACGAAUUUCAAGACUGAAAGUAUAAAAGCACUUCAUAGAGAGUAACCCAUUCUGUACCACAAGAGCACUAUCUAAUAAAGACAGACUAGACCAAGAGCUGCAGGAUAUAAAUGUAGAUCACAAACCAAGGAUUUUGAGAAAGGAGUAAGAUAGAGGGACAGGGCGUGUCUUUUUUUUAAAUCGAAACAUGAAGAUCUCGAAAGUUCACACAUUAAUGUGCUAGAACACGUAUGCAGCAAAGACAUAGGGAGACAGGUCUCUACAAGUGCAGCCAUGGAUGUAAGCUGGGAUUUACUGGACCAGGACAGAGAAAGUUCACUGAAGGCGUGUGAAUUCUCUCAUUUAUUGGAGGUGGGAUGGAGCUGUGUAUGUCUUAAUUGGUUAUGAAUUCUCAACAGGGUGAGUUCCAUCAUGUCAACCAAUUCAUUCGACCUGUGUACCACUGCUGUGUGUUAUUGGCUAGCUGUGUAGUGAGGAGUUUUAAUGACUCCUUGAAUCCCUCUUACCCAACCACAAUAUUCAGAAACAAAUGCUUCUGUCAGAUUCAUUCCAGUACAUUUAUGAUUCAUACUGCAGUCAGGAUGUCCAAAGGCAGCUUGAUUUUCCUGUUUCUCCAGCCUUUAGUCAAUUUUCUCCUCCCACUCUAUCAUACAACAGGGGUAGUGAUAAUCCACUCUAUAUUCCUUCUGACAAGUUCUUAACAACUCGGGCAUCUAACUUUUCGAAGAGACUCCAGAUUCAAUAGCCUUUGGAGCUUCUUGGUCCAAGUAAAUGCCCUUACCAUCUUCCACUCCAUGGCUGUCCAUUUGGUCUUCAGCUCACUCCUGCAAGUUAUUUAGUGCUUCGAUUUCGAACUCCACCAUUGCCCAUUCCAAUAAAGCAAUCAUACUCUACUGAUGUUCCUUCUAUGCUCAAAGUCUUUCCUUGUACAGCCAGGACAGAGUACCCAUAUCUGAAAUCUUCAUUUAACUUCAUCUACCAUAAUCUCCCCAUGAAUCAAUUCUCAGUUUUGUGAAGGUUUUCCUGUUUUCCACUCACUUCCUGUGUCAAAAUGUACUUGUGUCUUGAGUGGUUUCUAAAGGGCCCACGCUCCUCCAAAGGUUUACCACUUUGGUGAGUGUUUUGUCUGGCAGUAUCAGCUCCUUCUCACACAACAUAUGACCCCAAUCUUCACCCAAAGCCUUGAAAUGUGCUUCCAAAUUACCUUGCCCUCCAUUAAAGAUAGAAGAAAACUGCCAUGCUUUGCUUACUGGACCAGAGAAUGUGGGUAUUCCACCUUCCUGAUGUAAACACAUGCCAAGCCUUAGAUCAAGAUCGCAACUUCAUAUCACUAUUGCUUCUUUUGCCAGUUACCUUAAAUCCAUGCUCUCUGGUUUUUCAUUCUUCCACAGCACUCAGUUUCCAUGUUAUUCCAUAUUAUUACUCAUUUUGGAGGAAUAUUUCUGAAAAGGUUUCCAAAGAAAUUAGUUGGCUACGCUCGUUAGUGUUUUUGUCACAAGCACAGGAAAACAAUUCUAGAUAUCAGUCCACCAAUAUCACACUAAAGCCAUGAGUUUUAUUUGUGUCCUAAACGAUACCUGAAUGCUGCUUUUGGUUAACGUCCUAAUCAUAUUCCACUCCACGUCUUGCUUUGCAUGCAGCAUAAGAUGAUAAUUAGCUUCUAUAGUUGUUACAAAAAAAGUGAGAAAUUGUCUAUCAAAAUUUGUAGAAACAAAUUUUGAAUGUAAUUGUGACAACAGAAUGUUACUGAGCAGAACUUGUACUGUUUUAAAGGUUAUCAUACAAAGCUUCACAUUAUCAUGCAUACCUUUACUGUAAUUAAUCAAGAUUCAUAAUUAGUACACUGAGCAUGUGCGCACUGGUCUUUCGGAGGAAGUACUUCAAUGUGCAUGGGUGUUUCUCCCCACCCAAGUGCGACUGGAGACAGCUGCUGCAUUGUUCUAUCUAACAUGUCAUACUUUUUGAAUAUUAUUUAUGGAAAUCAUUCAUACUCUUAAAACUGUAGCAAAUUACUUCUAAGGAUUAAUUUUGUUCUCCUCACUUGUCUGACUUCUACAUGGGAAUGUCUGAGCUGCUGUACUCCGAAAACAAACACUGUCUCAGGGGGAAUUUGAUGCUAUGAUUUGAUUUCUCAGAAAUGAAUUUUCUUGCAUUAUGCAGUGAAACCUAUUCUGGUAGCUCAUGCUGUUUAUUGUAUCGUUGCCAAUUGUUUAUUUGAUGUUUUAAGCCAGAAAACUGUUUUUCCUGUCUCAUCCAUGCUGCUUCCUCAAGGAUUAUUUUAAUAACACCAGACUUCCAGCUAAAGGGAACUAAAAUCCCCACAUCAGCAGCACCAACAUUGGAGUGAAGUUCUGAUCAAAUUCUGUGAGAUCAGCUUGUUGAAUUAUGCUCAUCCUUCUGAGCUCAAGAAGAUCAGAUGCAAAUUUUAACAAUUUUUUAUGAUGUUAAAGUUAUUCGCUUUAAAACCUGCUGCCAGCUACUCCUUCAUUCUUUAAGUACUAUUUUUUUCUCCACACACCUAGUUCCUAGAUGUGUUUUUUUUCCUCUCCCAGGCUUGCACAGCUUGAAAAUUCUUGUUUGUGUGUAUAUUUGCUGUGUUGUGGGUAUUUGGUCAAUAUCAAUUUACUUCUUUCAGAAGGAGCUGCAAUGGUAUCAAAGAUGAUUUUACAUACAGCAGGAUACGGCAAAACUCAGAUCCCCAUGUGGCUAAAGUGGGGUGUAACACGUAUGCAAAAGGCAGUGACCUGUUUGUUGUUUUUCUCUCAGUUUCAUGGUACAUAGUAUUCCAUGCAUAUGGUUAUGAAUAUCAAGGAGAAAAUCUAAUGGAAAGAAAUUUCAUUUAAAAUCGUAUGUCUAUGUGUACUCUCAAACACAAAGAGUGUAAUUUUUUUUUGUGUUGAAUAAACUCCUAUAACACAACUGAAAGCUCCUAAACUUUUAUUCUCACAUAAAUAUUCUAAUAUUUGUCCCACCAGAGUAAGUUAUAAUUUCAGUUUUAC